AGCGGGGGUGAGCAUGCGCACCCGGGAGACGGCGCUCGCUCGUGCCGGGGUCGCCCCUGCGAGCCCACAGCGCCGCCUGGGGACCGGAGGCCGUCGGCCCACGGCCUCUCCUGGGUAAGGAAUCAGAGCGGCACGCCCACUGCUCGGCUCCAGGAUGGAUGUUGGCAGUCGUUUGAGGCGCGAGCUUUCUGCGCUGAGUUAACAGGCUGAGUCCGCGGCGGGUCGAGAAUGGCCACGUGCUGUGGCGUGCAUGGCCGAAAGCAUUGCCUUCCCGCCCUCCUGGGCUCUCUGGGCUUGGGUGUCAGUGCUUGCUUUCAUAUAGAUUGUCACUUCUUGUAAGCCACAGCCACCACCACGGUAAUCAAAACAUGGGACUACAGUCUCACUACACAAGGAUUGCAUCUACAUCCUCAAAUUAGGACACAAAUACUGCUCUGCUAAGUGGAGUGGGGAUUAAAAGAAAUGAGUGACCAAGGACUAAUUCAGCCUGGGUGUGGAAGAACUGUGAUGGUGAUGCUAUUUACCCAAAGGGUGUUGUCAUCUGUAAUGAAGAUCACUGAAAAACAGAAGAUUGAAUAAAGCCUUGUAACAUUGGACCUGGAUAGGAGAUUUAGAAAAAAAAAUUACUCACUUUGGUUUUAGUGUUUCAAUUUCAUAAUAUUUAUUCUUUUGAAUAAAUUUAAGGAGUAGAACUUAAAAUUCAGUGCUAUACUAACAGAUGCACUAUUAUUAUUAUUAUUAUUAUUUUGUAUAAGAGAAGAAAAUAGAUAACCAAGAGCUCUAGUGAUUCAUAAUGAAAUACACUAAAUUGCACUUUAUGUUGUCAGUUCUUGGCAUUAUAAUCUAUAUAACUGAUUUAAUUGUGGACAUUUGGGUAUCUGUCAGGUUUUUCUAUGAAGGACGAAAUGUUUUUGGUAUUUUAACAGUAACCUUUAUGCUCUUUGGAACACUUGUGGUGCAGUGUUUUAGUUACUCUUGGUUCAAGGCUGAUUUAAAGAAAGCAGGCCAAGAAAGUCAGCACUGUUUUCUUCUACUUCAUUGCUUGCAAGGAGGAGUUUUUACAAGGUAUUGGUUUGCCUUGAAAAAGGGUUAUCACGUGGCUUUCAAAAAUAUCAGCAAAACUGAUAACUUUAUAGAAGAACAAAUUGAUCCACAUAAAGAGGUUAUAGAUAGAAUGACUGAUUUGAGCAUGCUCAGACUAUUUGAGACCUACCUGGAAGGCUGCCCACAAUUUGUUUUGCAGCUCUACAUCUUUCUGGAACAUGGUCAAGCAAAUUUCAGUCAGUAUGCAGCCAUUAUGGUCUCUUGCUGUGCUAUUUCUUGGUCAACUCUUGAUUAUCAAGUAGCUUUAAGAAAAUCCUUGUCUGAUAAAAAUCUUCUUAAAGGAUCCUGUCCCAAAUUGACUUACCUCUUUUACAAGUUAUUUACAUUAUUAUCUUGGAUGCUGAGUAUUGUACUUCUUUUAUUCUUAAAUGUUAAGAUUGCAUUAUUUCUAUUGUUAUUUCUUUGGUUUUUAGGGUUAUUGUGGGCAUUUAAAAAGCAAACUCAGUUUUGUGCUUCUGUAAGUAUGGAAUUUUUAUAUAGAGUUGUUGUUGGAUUCAUUCUUAUUUUUACUUUUUUUAAUAUUAAGGGACAGAAUACCAGAUGUCCAAUGUUUUGCUACUAUAUUGUAAGGGUACUGGCCACAGUGGGGAUAUUGGUUGUGUUCUGGGUUUCCCCAGUCUCUGUUUUUAAUUCAGACUAUUUUAUGCCUAUCAGUAUCACUAUAGUUCUUAGUCUUGUCCUUGGAAUUAUUUUUCUUAUUGUUUAUUAUGGGACUUUGCACCCAAACAGAAAAGAAGAAACAAAACCUGAUGAAAUUGAUGGAAAAACGUCUCAAGAAGAUUGUAGAAUGAAGUAUUUUAUAAUGGACUAGCUAUUAAUUUGUGAGAUGUUUUCUUACUUCUUUGUUUCAUUGGUUAAUAAAGAAAAUGUUAUUGUA